UUAUGGGAAGUGUAGUCCUGGAACAGAUGACAGGAGAGAAACACAGGCCAGACAACAGUGAAUCGUGACAUAAAACAACAGGGCUUCAAUACACAAAGGAUAAUGACUAAAUGAGACACAGGUGAGGACAAUGAAGGACAGCUGGCAGAGAUGAGAGCAGGGAAUUAUGGAAAGUGUAGUCCGGGAAGAGAUGACGGGAGAAAUACAGGCCAGACAACAGUGAAUCGUGACAAUUUGUUUGACAAUAAUAUGGUGUCCGAAGUUUUUCGGCCUUGGAGCUUAUCUGAAUGUGCUUGAUUCCAUGCUCACAAGAGCACUGUGACUCUGGUCCUGCCCUGAUGGUAAAACGAAACGUGAUUAGUUGAAGAUAGAACGUGCAAGGGUUGCUCCAAGUAAUGUGGCCGUUAUCUGAUUGGCUUGAGUAGACAAUGGGUGGAGUCCACCUAUUUGUAGAUUUGUGUGCACAUCUUGAUGUUAGAUUUAUUUUAAAAUCAACAAACGCAUGCAUAGAUCCUCAAAUGCACAGGAAGCGAUCCACAAAUAAAUGCCAUGCAAUGCACAAAUUAGUUGUUUUUGUGAGUUGAAAAAUCUAUUUGUAAAUUAUGUUUUUAUUUGCAAAUCUCAUUUUAAUUAUUUGUGAAUUCAUUUAAUUUUUGUGAAACUACUGAUAUUUAUUUGUGGAUCGCAUUCAAUUUAUUUGUGAACCAUCUUUCUAUUUGUGAAUCUCUUUCCAUUUGUAUGUUAAUAUGCAACAUUUCCAUCUCCAUAAUUUUUUGCCACUCUACCGGCUCAUUCUAUGAAGCUUUACUGUUUCUUUGCCAUAAGGUGACAGCAUUGAGCUUAAAGUUUUUUCCCCAUGCAGGCAUGCACUGUUUCUAAUCUCUACUGACAAAUUAGGACGAGUUUCAGAAACUAACGCGUGUCAACUGUCUGUGUGUAAAUGAUGGCCCCUCCCUAAAACCAAAUAGAAAAUGAAAAAAAGAGAACGAAACAGAUGUAAACACACAGUCUUGUGGUAUUUGCAUUAGAGUCUCUACGGAGAACUGAAUAGAAACAUUCAUCUGUGCAUAUGGAGCACUGAAGUAAUACGUGACAUCUGGUUUUCAUAUGUGCGUUCAUUUGAAUAGAUCAAACCAGCCGGGGGAAAGGAAACCGGAAGAGUUUUUCAGGCUGCAGUAUGUUCUCCUCACUGAAGCCCUAUGAAGGGCAGCAGUUUUCAGCCCUGAGGAAGCAGUGCCAGCAGAACAGAAGUCUGUUUGAAGACCCCCUCUUCCCCCCCGUGGACCAGUCACUCUUCUACAGUGAGAACCGCAUUGGAAGGGUCACGUGGAAGAGACCAAAGGACCUGUGUGAAGACCCUCACUUGUUUGUAAAUGGAAUUAGUGCUCACGACUUGCACCAGGGGCAGCUGGGUAACUGCUGGUUUGUGGCAGCAAGUUCCAGUCUGGCCUCCAGAGAAGCUCUAUGGCAGAAAGUUAUCCCGGAUUGGAAAGAUCAGGAAUGGGACAAGCAGAAACCGGAAAACUAUGCCGGAAUCUUUCACUUUCGGUUUUGGCGUUUUGGAGAGUGGAUCGACGUUGUUAUUGAUGACCGUUUGCCAACCGCCAAUGGGCAGCUUAUCUACUGCCACUCAAAUGACAGUAAUGAGUUCUGGAGUGCCCUGGUGGAAAAAGCCUAUGCCAAAUUGUAUGGCUGUUAUGAGGCUUUAGAUGGUGGCAACACAGCAGACGCUUUAGUGGAUUUCACUGGAGGUGUAACAGAACCCAUGGAUUUGCUUGAAGGCAAGUUCAGUCAGGAAGAGGCGGCUCGAAAUCAGCUAUUUGAGCGGGUUCUAAAGAUCCACAACAGAGGAGGACUGAUCAGCUGCUCCAUUAGAGCAACUAGUCAGGCAGAGAUGGAGGCCCGUUUGGACUGCGGUCUGGUCAAAGGUCACGCUUACGCUGUAACAGAUGUACGGAAGGUGCGAUUGGGCACUGGUCUGAUGGCAUUCUUCAAAUCUGAGAAGCUGUCCAUGAUCCGCAUGCGAAACCCGUGGGGUCAGAGAGAGUGGAAUGGAGCUUGGAGCGACAGCUCAGAGGAGUGGAAGAGAGUCAGUAAGAGUGAGCGAGAGAGGUUGGGUGUGACCGUGGAGGAUGAUGGGGAGUUUUGGAUGGAUUUUGAGGAUUUCUGUAAGCACUACACGGAUCUAAUUUUGUGCCGCUUGAUUAAUACUUCAUACCUGAGCAUCCAUAAGACCUGGGAAGAGGCCGUGAUGCGGAGCUCCUGGAGUCACCAUGACGACCCUUUAAGGAACCGAUCGGGAGGCUGCAUCAACCACAAAGCUACCUUCCUCCAAAACCCACAGUAUGUGUUUGACGUAAAGAAGGCAGAGGACGAGGUUUUGAUUUGUCUACAACAGCAGGACAGAAGAGCCCGACCUAAAGAAGGCAAAGGAGAGAACUUGGCCAUCGGCUUUGAUAUCCAGAGGGUUGAGCUCAACAGAGAGUACCGUAUGCACAUCAUUCAGAAGACAGUGGGCAGCUCUGUCUACAUUAACUCUCGCAGCGUGUUUGUGCGGAAAGACCUGAAGGAGGGACGUUAUGUCAUCAUUCCCACAAGCUUUGACCCCAGCCUACAGGGAGACUUCCUGUUGCGGGUCUUCACAGACAUACCUUCAGACUGCAAGGAGCUGACUCUAGAUGAACCACCCCAGACAUGUUGGACAGGGUGCUGUGGAUAUCCAAAACUGGUCACACAGGUGCACAUCCACAGAGCCGAUGGACUCAAAGCCCAGGACUCGGAUGGAUCAUCUGACCCUUACGUUAUCAUCAGCUGUGAAGGAGAGAAGGUUCGUUCUCCAGUGCACAAAGAUACGCAGAGUCCAGACUUUGACUUGAAGGCUGUUUUCUACAGGAAGAACCCGAAAAAGCCGAUCCGCAUUCAGAUCUACAACAAGAACAUUCUGAAGGACUCAUUCAUGGGUCAGGUGACCAUGAGCGGCGAGCUCUCUGACCUGCAGCAGCUUCACACCGUUCACCUGAGGGACAAAGGAAAUCGUCAGAGCAACGACCUCCCGGGCUUCCUGUCGGUGAGCCUUGUCACCAGUGACGUCCUAACGAACAUCUGACAUCACUCGGGCUGGGGCUGUCAUGGUAACUGGAGUCAUGAUGAUAACCAUAUUACAGUGAUUACAGUGUAAUAGUCAACAGUUCUUGCAACUUUUAGGCACUUGAUCAGGAGUUUAUACAUCCUUUUAUUCCUCAUUUGGACUGUCCUAUGAGAAUGUAUCUGUCUGCCAAAUCGGACGCAAAAUCAACUUGUUUUCAAGGUUUUUGCAAUUUAAAGCUGGUAUAUUCUGGUAUUGUUGCCUUUCUAUUGUUUUAUCUUGGGAAUUAUGUUAUACAAUAUGCAUCUAUAUCAGUAUAUAUCUAAUACCACUAUCCACUUUUAUUUCUGCUGUUGUAAUUUUAACCUUCAGUUUGCCAAUCAAUCAGUCUUUUUUCUUCCCAUAAUUUGUGGCUGUGAAUCUGGAACAAGGAUGUUAUACAAUAUUCUUAGGAACUUUGAGCCAAAAUUGAAGAUGUCUUAUAGAGCCAUAUGGUUUCAGCAUUACCUCUUUCAAACCCUUUCUGUUUACGUAUAUCAUGUUUACAGCCGCAUGAGUGGUUAUCAAAACAUCAGUGUAAUGAUCAAUAGUGACCACAAGGAGUCAGUUUGCUGCAACAGAUGAAGGAGCACAUCACUUUAGGGUUUAGUAUUUUACCUUUUAAUGAAAUCAAAUAGUAAAGUUACAUUUUUCAUGUAACAAACAUGAAUAAAUAAUCAUAAACCUCAUUCAUUAAACAUGCUCGGGUACGAUGUAUUAAUCAAGCGGCACAUAAACCAAAAAAACGAAAUCUUUCUCAAAUAUAUUAAUAAGAGAUUCAGUGAGUGUUGUCUAUAUAUAUAUAUAUAUAUAUAAGGCAAAGUCUUGUUUUAAAAAGAGAGAGAAAAAAAAACAUGGAAUUUAAUGGGUUGUGUCAAAAAUUAUCCUAAUAAGUAUGUGGACAAACAAACAUUUGUAAUACAUAUGUGCCAUUUUACAAUCACUAUGAAUUGUUUUCAUUUCCUUUCUUAUAUUUCAAGUUUUACCAGUGCUUUACAUGUUAUGCCUUUUGAGUGUUGUUUACAGAUAGUGCCUUACCAGAGCUGAUUGAAUACCAUUGCCUUAUGAAAACUUAUGCCAUGCCAUGUUAUAUUGUCACUCAGGUUUAUGCAAUGUGAUGCACGAUUUCACAUCAUUAAAAAAAGAUUUCAUCAUUAAUUGAGAGGUCGUGGUCAA